AUGGACUUAAACGGUAAAUGUGCAGCGUACGAUGUCCUUGCUGACAUCAACUAUUUUCCAGCCACUGGAAAAGUCAUCACAACCGAGGAAUGGAAGCCUCGAUAUCUAGGAGUAAGCGAUGACUUCACCCGGAAGAUGACGAUUCGCGAUAUACGCGGCAUGGAAGAUCAAUUUGAGCUCGAUAGGAAUGGGUUCAAGUUUGUCAAGCUUCCUAGCAAGCACAGAAGCACCGAGGAUGAUGAGACUAUCAAGACGCAGUGGUACCCAGAAGUCGAUGAAGUCAUAAAACAGCUGACCGGCGCCUCGACCGUCCACAUAUUCAACCACUGCAUCCGGCAGUGCAACGAGCCAGUGUCCAAGGGCAAGCUGGACCCUCUGGGCCGCUGGCUGGCCGCUGCAUCGGGCCACCCGCACGUGGACUACGCCGCACGCCCCGAGGACAUUCAAGGGACGUUAAAAGAGCUCAAGUUCCCCGCCGAGAUCGCGGGGCGCUUCGAGACCUCGUCCCGGUUUGCCUUGGUCAACGCCUGGCGGCCCCUCAAGACCGUGCAGCGCGACCCCCUCGCCGUCGCCGACGCGUCCACCGUCCCGGGCUUGGACUACCAGAUCCGGGCCCGCCAGUUCAAGCCGAGCGGUGUCAGGUCGGGCAACUAUGUCAUGUCCCAUGGCGCGACGGAGGACCGGCACGAUUGGUACUACAUGCAUGAGAUGCAGCCUGACGAGCUCGUUGUGUUUAGGAACUAUGAUACGAAGCGGGACGUGCCGGGAUGGAGGUGUCCGCAUACGGCGUUUGAGAUCCCUGGGACGGAGGACUUGCCGGUCAGGGAGAGUAUCGAGAUUCGAGCCGUUUGUUUUUGGGACUGA